AUGGAAGUGAGGAAUGGUAAAACAACCUCGUUCUGGUACGACACUUGGUCAAAGAUGGACCACUUGUUAGAUCUUACGGGUGUUCGGGGAUGUGUGGACAUGGGGAUCUCGUUGAAAGCAAGUGUUGUGACUGCUGUUGCUCGCCGGCCAUGGCGUCAUCGCUCAGACUUGUAUAAUAUGAUUGAGGAUGCACUUCAUACACAGCGAAGUAAGAUGACUCUGAGGGAGGAUGUAGCUCUAUGGAAGUCGAAUAUGGAAGUCAUUAAAUUAAAGUUCAGCACCAAGAACACAUGGUCUCUUAUAAGAAGUUCUGCGCCUACCGUCAAUUGGCACUCCAAUAUUUGGUUCACCCAUUCGACGCCGAAGUACGCUUUCAUGGUGUGGCUUGCAAUGCAUAAUAAGCUGUCAACAGGAGACAGAAUGCUCUUAUGGAACGUUGGCAUUGAUGUGAUCUGUGUUUUGUGUCAACAACAGUUGGAAACAAGAGAUCAUCUCUUCUUUGGCUGCGCUUACUCUCAGAAUUUUUGGUUGUGA